CCGUCCUCCUUCUCCCAACGAAUUCAAUAUGGCCCGCUUAGAUUUUGAAGCUGCUAGCUUGGAACUUCAACAAUAUAGACAAUCCGGCGAGAGAGCUUCUGAGAGAGUAGCUUAUCUUGCAUCACGUAUUAUUAAAGACGGAUAUUCAGCCAAACUCAAAGAUGACAUAUGGCCCUUUUAUGAGCAAGCUGUUACUGCUGCACUUGAUGUAGGCGACUUCAGAUUGGCUGAUGAAUGCAUAGAAAACCUCAAACGACGGUUCUCAAGCUCAUCGCGUGUGCAAAGGCUCGUUGGUAUGCGAUAUGAGGCUGAAGGAAAGCUAGCUGAUGCUCAGAAGAUAUAUGAUGCGAUCUUGGAAGAGGAUGAAUCUAACAUUCUGGUGUCCAAGCGUCAGAUAGCGCUAUUGAAAUUGCGUGGAUUGAAGUCAGAGGCAAUUUCAGCUUUGGUCACUUAUCUGGACACGUAUUAUAGCGAUGCCGAAGCGUGGAUCGAACUUUGCUCACUUUACCUUUCCGUGCAUGCGUAUCAAAAGGCUGCUUAUUGUUUGGAAGAGCUUAUAUUACUUCAAGCUGCCAAUCCCAUUUGGCAUCUCAAGUAUGCUGAGAUCAUGUACACCCUCGGAGACUACAGCUUAGCGUUGAAGCAAUAUUGCCGUGUCAUUGAUUUGCAUGAAGAUCACUUGCGAGCGAUGUAUGGUAUCCAAUUGUGUGCUAGCAAAAUUUUGGACAACGGUGAAGCGGACGGCACAACUGAAGCAUUGAAAGAGCUCGCCACUGAACGCAUAUUAGCAACUGAGGUUAAUCAAUGUACUAUAGACAGCAUCAAGCAAGUAGUAAGAGAAUAUUUGUCGGUUGCAUAGGAGCGGGUAUACAGCAUCUCCUACAUAUAUACACCAAGAAAAGCAAAAACGCAAGAAAUUCGAUUGACUUAAUUGAUUGCCUUGAUGGUAUACUAUUGUAUUA